AGAAUCAAGUCUGUUCAAGAAAGAGGCAAAACGUCAAUAUUACUAGUGAAAGGAUAAUUAUAAAUAAUAGGAUAAAACGAAAUGAUUUAGGCCGAAUGAAUCAAACCUGCAUCCAUUGUGAUGCUAAGUUUUGGAUGGAGGAAAAGAAUCAGAAUAGCUCUUUUGCAUAUCCUACAUUUUUGACUUGCUGUGCACACGGCAAAGUUCGUUUGCCACGUUUGGUUGAACUUCCACCUUAUUUGUUGAAUUUGUAUACUUCGUCGAACUCUGAUGCAAUCUCUUUCUAG